GCUUUUUCUGCCGACAUCGUCAUUGCGGAACCGAACACAGAAUGUCUUGGGGAAGUUUUAGAUGUCGGACAGGAAAUGACGCUUCGGAGUCACAUUGAACAUUAAGAAAAUACAACUCUCGGUAGCUAGUUGGCUUCAUAGCGGCUAGCCGGCUAGCUAGGAAACGGCGGCCCGUUUGCUUCUAAUGAAUUCACACGAAUUACAGUGCACGCCAAAAUGUUUCUUUCGAGGGCGGCCUUGAGCUUGAAUGCUAUAUCUAGGGUCCCAGGUGCUCUGCAGAUCCCCCAGUCAGCCGGUGUUGCCGUGCAGCUGCUCUGCUCCGCGCGUUCGUCCCCCGUGGUCGCCGGGGGCUGCCGCUACUCCGCAGCCUCCGCCGGGACCCCGCAGCCCCCCCUGCGCUGGACGACCCUUGACCCCGAGCUGGAGGAGGUCCUGGUGCCCCGGAAGCUGUCGCUGUCUCCGCUGGAGAGCUGGCUCUCCCUGCGCUACUCCCUGCCCCCCCUGCAGGGCGCCGAGCAGCCACAGCAGCAGCCCCCCCCGGGGGACGGGGCGCCUGAGGGGGGGUCCCGGGUGCUGCCCCCCGCUGUGGAGCCCGUCCUGGGGGGGGAGGAGGGGGAGGGCGCCGCCGCUGUCACCCCGCUGAGCUGCAAGAACGUUCUGGAAAUCCGCCGGCGCAAGAUGAACCGACACAAGUACAAGAAGCUGAUGAAGCGCACCACCUUCCUCAGGAGGAAGGUGAUGGAGGGGCGGAGGAAGAGGAAACAGAUCCGAUUCGAGAGGGACUUGAAGAGGAUCUGGACUCGCGCAGGACUGAAAAGUGCGCCAGAGGGGUGGAGCGCGCCCAAGAUCUACGUCCGACAGUACCAGAGCAAGAAGGACUGAGACACGCACGCGCGCACACACACACAAACACACACACACACACACACCAGAGCAAGAAAGAUUGAGAUACACAGACACACUCACCAGAGCAAGAAGGACUGAGACCUCUGUACCAACCGCUUACACACACACACACACUCUCACCAGAGCAAGAGAGACGGAGACACGCGCGCACACACACACACACCAACCCAUCUCACACGAACACACACUCCAGAGCAAAAGAGACUGAGACCUCUGUACCAACCGCUCACACACACACAUACACACAACACACGCGCACGCACUUAACACACACAGAUACAGACACACGUCUGACCUCUGUGCCAGCCGUACUCUCUGACCCCUGCACACAUACCCAUACCACACAUCACAAACACACGUGUGUGCACUACCUGGAAACCGCCAUACCUCCGUACCGUGUCACGUGCUCGCUGGAGUCUGACUAACGAUUUCACCCCAGGAGCAGCAGCUGGGAGUGUACAGAGACUGGCACACUGCCUCCACUGAGGGGCAUCAGGCUGGUACUGCCUGCUGUGCUACGCUUGUCCUCUCGAGCCAAGCUCACUGUGUACAGGAGAUGCCCGAAAUAAAUAAACCGUUCUUCUCGCCUGAAUAAUAA